AUGUCCAUCGACCUGAAUUGGGAGACGUUGACAAGCGGCCCUGAUGGCGCUGCUUUGGCUGAGCGCAUCAAAUGCUUCAUCCACGACAGAUUCCAGGCAGUGCCCCUGCCGCGGUUCAUCAAGUCUGUAACGGUCCAAGGGUUCGACUUUGGCUCCAUCCCGCCCAGCCUCGUGCUCAAGGAUAUCACGAACCCUCUACCUGAUUUCUACGAAGGGGACCUAGAUGAUGAUGAGGAAAGUAGCGAAGAGGAGGAGGAGGAGGAGGAUAUCGCCGUUCCUAGUGUACGUGCUGGCGAACGAGGACGGCCUACCGCUUUGAGGCACGAGCACACAUUCUACCCCGGUCAUGAUCUGGGAAGCCCAUUCCUGGGGACCUCGACGCCCGGAAUACUGGGAGGUCCGGCGCUCAACUACUUCCAGAGCCAUCUUCACACCGGCAGUCACACUCCGCUGGCUGCCGUCGCCGGUGCUCACCUGGGCCACAGCAGCUGGAUGAACUCGCCCAUCGAGCAGCACCCGGACCUCCGCCCGCCCAGCCACAGCCGGAACCCGUCCCACGGCAGCAGCAUAUCCGUCGACCUCCUCGCCCCUCCCCUGACCCCGACCCACCCCUUGAGGGAGAAGUCGAGCGUGUCGACCCUGGCCGCCACGUCGGGGAGCACGUCGCGCCCGCCCACGCGGGACACCUACCUCCAGGGUUCGGCCAUCGAGGACGACAGGAGCGACCCGGGCGCCUCCCGGCACCGCGAGGCGCGCCUGGAGGACGUCCAGGCCGUCUUCAGGAUACAGUACGCGGGGGACGUGAGGCUCAACCUGACGGCGGAGAUCCUCCUCGACUACCCCAUGCCGAGCUUCGUGGGCAUCCCGCUGAAGCUGAACAUCACAGGCCUGUCGUUCGACGGCGUCGGCGUGCUGGCGAACAUCCGGAAGCGGGUGCACUUCUGCUUCCUGAGCCCUGAGGACGCCAUGACGGCCGUGGGGCCCGACGAGGAGGACGAGGGGGAGUCCAAGAAGGACGGCGAAAAGGAGGAGCCCAAGGGCAGGUUCGGGGGCCUGCUGCAGGAGAUCAAAGUGGAGAGCGAGAUUGGCGACAGGGUCGCGGGGAAGCAGAGCCUGAAGAACGUGGGCAAGGUGGAGAGGUUCGUGCUGGACCAGGUGAGGAGGAUAUUCGAGGAGGAACUCGUGUACCCGAGCUUCUGGACAUUUUUGAUUUAA